CUCUUAACCAUGUCCCCUCCCCAGUAUUGCCACCUAUGCAGCCUUUCCCAUCAGAUAAAUAACAGAUGGCGCAUCCAUCAUAGCAAUUAAAACAUUUUUUCCCCUCGUCACCCGAAAGAUCUUAGAGCCGCUCCUCAAAUUUAGUUUCUACUAAUCAGCCACAAAUUCUUCCUUGUUCUCCAUUUCUUAUACACAUCGGCCCUCUCCAAUCUCUGUGCCCCCCCUGUUUGCAUUCUUUCCAAGUUUGGAAGAAACCCAAUGCACAUAAACUAACAGGAGGGAGCAAAGGGAACUUGUAGAGAGGAAGAAUACAUGGCUUCUUGCCCGACAGUUUACUCAGUUUCCACCACCCCAACGAAGACUUACUUGGGUUUUCAUCAAACCAUCCACAGACAUGAAAGCCAUGUGUUCUUCUACAGCAGCACAAGGAGAACAAGGAGGUUCAGUGGGAUUUCUGAAAUUUCAUGUUCGGCUGAGGAAGCAAAGACUGUGGUCAUUGGGCUGGCUGCAGAUUCAGGAUGUGGGAAGAGCACAUUCAUGAGGAGGCUGACUAGCGUCUUUGGGGGGACAGCUGAACCGCCAAAGGGAGGAAACCCAGACUCAAAUACCUUGAUCAGCGACACAACAACUGUGAUUUGCUUGGAUGACUACCAUUCUUUGGAUAGGACAGGCAGGAAGGAGAAGGGAGUGACUGCACUGGACCCAAGAGCGAACAAUUUCGAUCUCAUGUAUGAGCAGGUGAAGAAGCUAAAAGAAGGAACUCCAGUGGAGAAGCCAAUCUAUAAUCACGUCACUGGUCUUUUAGACCCCCCUGAGCUUAUUCAACCCCCUAAGAUUCUGGUGAUUGAAGGUCUUCAUCCAAUGUAUGACGGCCGUGUAAGGGAACUUCUGGACUUCAGCAUCUACUUGGAUAUCAGCAAUGAGGUCAAGUUUGCAUGGAAAAUUCAGAGAGACAUGGCGGAGCGCGGGCACAGCCUUGAGAGCAUUAAAGCUAGCAUUGAAGCAAGGAAACCAGAUUUUGACGCAUAUAUAGACCCACAAAAGCAGUAUGCUGAUGCAGUAAUUGAGGUUUUGCCGACACAACUGAUUCCUGAUGACAACGAAGGGAAGGUCUUGAGAGUGAAGUUGAUAAUGAAAGAGGGAGUGACAUACUUCAGUCCCGUUUACCUUUUUGAUGAAGGUUCAACUAUUUCAUGGAUACCCUGCGGGAGAAAGCUCACCUGCUCAUAUCCAGGCAUCAAGUUCUUCUAUGGACCAGACACGUACUUCUCCAAUGAGGUCUCGGUGUUGGAGAUGGAUGGGCAAUUCGAUAGACUAGACGAACUGAUCUACGUCGAGAGCCAUCUCAGCAACCUCUCCACGAAGUACUAUGGCGAAGUCACGCAGCAAAUGUUGAAGCAUGCUGACUUCCCAGGAAGCAACAAUGGAACUGGUCUCUUCCAGACCAUUAUAGGGUUGAAGAUAAGGGAUCUCUAUGAACAAAUAGUCGCCAGCAGGGAACCAGCUCCACUGCAAGCAAGCAAUGCCUAAUUAUUCUGUGUAUCAGCUUCCACAUUCGCAUUUUGCGAUGUAAGGAAGCUUUUUGUUUUAUUAUCAAUAUUAUCAAAGAACUAUUAUUCAA